AUGCCUAAAUGGAAAAAUGAGGAUCUUGUUAACAUCAAGUUACCAAACUUAAACAGUCAUCCUAUAUCAUCUAAGCAAUUCCUAAUACCGACACAUAAUACUUAUUCUAGACUUCGUUUUUCUAGUGACUGCUUUGAAUUAAGAUCAGGCCAGAAGAUCAAACAACAGCAAAAUAAACGUACUCAAUCGGAAAAUAACAUUUAUGAGCAAACAAAGUCUUCUCUAAGAAGAGCACAUACUGAUAUACAAGAUGAGCCACAAAAUACAAAAGCUGUUACUAAACAAGAUACAGCCCAACUCUAUCACUUUACUCAAGAUCAAAUAAAAAAAUACAAAGCACAGAGACGAAAAUUAUUGUAUCAGUUUUCAUCCGGCUCUUCUUCAGAUUCAUCAGCCCAGGGGUAUUCUUCAUCACCAAACCAUCCAGUAAAGAUUGUAUCCAGAAAGCAUUCAUUGGAUGUUAUUUCUAUUGAAUCUAAAUUGAAUUCGCCCGAAAAUUUAUUUGGAAGUGAUUCAAGUAAUCAAGAUACAGCCGCAUUCGAACCACUUGCAUUUUCUAUUAAUGAUGAAUUUCAGUCUACAUCAGAAGAAGAAUUUACUACUGAAGGACUUAAAAAAGUAGACAAGGUUGAAACAAUAGAAAAUAUUGAAACAGUGGAGAAGAUUGAAACGGUGGAGAAAGUUGAAACGGUGGAGAAAGUUGAAAUGAUUGAAAAAAUGGACAAAGUUGGAACGACCAAAACAUUGAAGAUAGUCAAGUAA